UCAAGCAAAUGGAAUUUAAUGGAACAUUUCAUCUACAGUCUACAUUAGAAAAACAAAAGAAAGACCUACGUAAUAUGCUAUUAAUAAGAUUUUGGGAUAUUUACUGGUAAUAAUGUCUGCGAUUUAUCAAGAAUACUGAAAAGCAUUCAUAAGCGAAUGGUCCAAAUAAAUCACAUUUUAAACGAUCACAUUGUUUACACAGUUAUAUAAACUGGGAAUUGUUAUUGAGUAAUCAGGUUCCCUGGACAGCAUGUCUGCCAUGUGUCCAGAAAGGUCUUGGAGACGGCGCGGCAAGGAUAAACCCGUGAACCAAUCAGAUUAGCCCGCGGAUCCACAGCUGACAACGAAAACAAAGAAAGACAUGUUUUUCUCCUGCUGCUGCUCAGUUCCCAUACAUCGACAGAGGAUGAAAUAGAAGUCUUACUUAUUUAACUACACCACACUACACAUCUUGGAGUGGCAGCACUCAGCAUUCUGCAGCGUCUGAUCAGGGACGUGAGGAUUACACCAGAAAACCCAAGAAAAAGGAAGAAUUGGAAAAGAGGUCACUGGAGCUCAGCAGAUGAGUGUAGGAGCCUCAUCAUGUUGAGCCUGAUCAAACUACCUAGAGUUUUAACCAUCAGCCAAGUUCCAAAAGUCUUCCAUGAAGAUGGGAUUAUAUCAGGAUAUCGGUACCCCUACAGUACCGCUAAAGACUGUGUUCUUAGUGUCUUUCAGCUAACUAAUGAAACCCUUAACAUCUGGACCCAUUUUCUGCCCACAUGGUUCUUCUUAUGGAAGCUGCUAGUGGUGCUAGUAGAGGGAGAUUGGCAGGAUUGCUACCGUUGGCCUCUGGUGGUCUUCCUCUUCUCCAGCUGCCUCUACCCACUGGCCUCCAGCUGCGCUCACACCUUCAGUACCAUGUCAGAGCGUGCCAGACACAUCUGCUUCUUCUUUGACUACGGCGCUCUCAGCUUCUAUAGCUUGGGCUCUGCUAUCUCCUACUCCUCUUAUGCAUUUCCUGAAAAAUGGGUCAACAGCAUGUUCCAUAGAUACUACAUUCCUGCUGCUGUGAUUAACUCCAUCAUCUCCACUGGACUGGCCUGCUACUCAAGGUCUGCUGUAAGAACAAAUGUGAAAUUAGGCAAAUGUCUGCGCACUGUGGCCUUUGCAUAUCCUUAUAUCUUCGACAGUGUUCCUUUGCUCUGUAGGAUGUUUGUGUGCAGUGGUGAUGGUUGCACAGUAAAUGAAGCCACUGCUGUCCACUACCUGCACACUGCACUGGCCAUCUUCACAGGUUUUCUCUUUGCCACACAUCUACCUGAACGCCUGGCACCUGGCAGUUUUGACUAUAUAGGGCAUAGCCACCAGCUCUUUCAUGUCUUUGCAAUCAUUGGCACCUAUUUCCAGCUGACUGCAAUUGAGCUAGACAUGACCUUACGGAAGCAGUGGCUUCAGACUCAUUCCCAGCCUAUUACCUUUACAAACACAUUGGGAGCUGCGCUUCUUUGUGUCACCUCCUGUCUUUGUAUAAUCCACAUCUUUAUUCAGGAGCUUUUCACCACCACUAAAAAUGACAAUCAUUUUUAAAAGGGCACAAAUUACUGCAGUUUCUCACUCACAGUAAUCAAGGCAGUGUUUUAAUGUAAAUCAGGAGAAAGUAUGAAGUUUUCUGGGUAACAUGUUUUAUACAAGACUGCUAACAAAUCUGUUGAUUUAGGACUAUAACUUAUUGCUAACAAAUAGCCUAAUGAGCUAUUGAAAUGAACAUUCCCGCUGAACCCAGUGCUGUUUACUAGGUUGUGUUCACAAUAUGUGCCUUAAACACUAAAGCUGUAUUUUAUCUAUUAGAUUUGUGUAUAACCUUAACUUGAAGAACAAGAUGUUCAUCUACAUGGAAAAAGUAAUAGCCGUUAUUUUUAUUCUGUAUAGUUUUUUUUAAUAUUUUUGUAAAGCCCCUUUGUUUUUGUUAUAUUAUAUUUAUGAUGUUUAUAUUUAUAAUCAAUAAACUAACCUGAUUUUUGG